GGUAUAUACGUCAAAUAUUCUAUGACUGGAACAUAUUUAUUCUCCAAUAAUAAUGUCGUUGAAUGCUUGUAAACUGUACAAGCGUAUGUCAUUUCAAGAUUAUGUCUACAGAAUAAGGCUUAACAAGGAAUUGAAAAUUAACAGAACCACUGGCGUAGAUGAUGGUGAUGGUGACGAUUCAAUGCAGAGUUCUCUCAUCAUCGAUUCACCUGACAACUAUUCAUGGAUAUACAACAUUGAGUAUAUAUCAUUUACAGUCAAUCACAAAAACGAUACUAAUAAUAAUGAUAACAAUUGCAUUACAAUCAAUCUUGAUAUUUUGAGAUACAUCAAUCAGUGCCUGUUGACGACAGACCGACGAAGAUACUCUUCCCUGUCCGGAAGUGAAUCAUCAGUUUAUUGGUAUCGACUAGCGAAAAAUGAAACGCUGCUCAAAGCUGUAAUUCAACUGAUUCCUACUGGAUACGGUGAUCCAUAUUUACAAGAUAUUUCAAUGAUUUUGUUAAGAAAUCUAUGCGUACUGGCUGGAUCUAACACUCCAGUUGAACAUUCGAGACUUCAAGACUGUCAACUUGCUCUGGGGAAUCUUAUUCAUAUCACUACAGGACCCUUAGUGAUACUGUCAAGUUCAUUCUGUUUCAGUCAAAUUGCUAAUUUAUCUACACAAGCUUUAGAUGGUCUAUUGAAAGCAACAUUUCUCCAUUAUCCAGAGUUCGCUACAAGUUUCAAUCCAGAUUUAUGGACAGAAAAACUUCUUCUGUUCUCUAACAUAUUACAGUCUAUUCACAGGUGCUUACCGAAAAUAUUUUUCACUGAAUCAAACAAUAUCGGUUCGUGUGAACAGUUAUCACGAUUUGCAAAGUACAUUACAGAUGAUGAUUCCAUGAAUUUAGAUAUUUUAGCCUCAUAUGUAAAUCUACUCACUACAGCGAUAACAAAACUGCCAUCGGUUGAAUUGUUGUUGACCCAGUCGCCCUCCUCUUCAACGGGAUCGUUAUUUGGACAUGGCAAUUGGGAAGUUGAGAAGAAAAAAUUCGUCAGUGUUAUCUAUUAUGCUUUGCCGAAUUUAUGCUUAGCUAUUGGAAAAGCUUGGCUCUGCUUAAACUGCUCAAGUCAACUGAUUCUAGUCUAUCCACCGAUAACCUCAAAAUGUAUAUUAUAUAUCAUACGUAUUAUUGGUUGUUUAUGUUCUCAUGGGAUUGAAACUAUCGAGGACAACAGCGACAACAAUCACACCUCAGAAUCAAGUCAAAUCAUUAAUCACCGUGAUAAUAAUAAUAAUAACUCGUUGAUUUUAUUACAUAAUCUCCUUCUUUUCAUUAACUGGUAUCAUCAGUACAGGUGUUCAUGGUCUAUGUGUGGUUUAGAAUUAUGCUGGUGUUUAAACAACUUUCUACAAUACUUCAAUCUAUCACUGUUCAAUGAUCAAUUGUCAAGAGAUGGCGUCAAUUGUUUUAUUGACUCACUUUUGUUUAAAUUAUUCACGUUAGAAUUAGGCGGUCAUAUGAAUGCGAGUAGAGAAGUAUUGAUUUUAUUGGAUACAUGCAUUCAAACAAGCGAAUGUAGUAAUAGUAAUAAUAAUAAAAGUUAUGCAUACUGGUUAUUAAAAAGGAUAACAAGUCAAUUAAAUUAUCAUUUAAAAUCAUUAUUUCUGUUUUGGAAAUAUUUAAAUGACAAAAACUAUUUAUCUGACCAUUAUGAUUGUUGUUAUAUUGAAACAUUUGUAUAUUUGAUAAAAUUUUUAUCAGAUUUACGCUUAUUUUUUAACGGUCAAGACUACCUUGAAGAAAAUUGUGAUAUACUUGCAAAAUUAUUCUCAGUGUGUCAUGAUCCUAUAACACUAUUGUCAUCAGUGUCAAAGUCAUUAUCGUUAGAUGAAACUAUAGCGUUAAUAUGCUCAGUGAAUUCUUGUAAUGACAUAUCAUCCUAUAUCAUAUCGAUAGUUAAUCAGUUUUGA